AUUAACCAGAACAAGGAAGCAGGUUUUAGUUACUGACGUUGUCGACGAGGCCACUUGGUUUGAUAAUGGCUACUUUGUCAGAAAAAGCCGUAAAACAUAAGAGAUAUUAUGAAGAUGCAUUGCAAGAUAGCAAGAUCAUAACUGGAGUACUUGAGAUAUAUGAGAAAGAGCCAGAGAAGCUGUUAAAAGCAAAAAGAGCCAUCUUACAUCACAUAUGCCUAGAUAAAGAUCCAACCACUAAAGACGGUAGAUAUCAAGUAAGGAAAUUGGUGGACACAGAAUGUGACAUUCCACGCCAUGAUGAUGUUUUUAAGUUUGAAGAGGACCAAGAUAACCAGGACAGCACAGGAGGGAAUAGCAUUUGUGAGAUAGAAAAAGGUGGUACACACUCUGGAACCGCACCGGGGGCUGUAAUAGGCGCUGGGAUGACACCCAAUACUGCAACACCAAAAACUGAAAACCUAAAUGAUUUCCAUUACAAAAUAGGAACCGAAGAAGGCAAGCGCCUUGCCCUUUAUAUUGGUAUUAGAAACUUCUACACAAGUCCCAAAAGUGUAAAGGACGAUACAAAAAGGGAGUGCAAUACUAGCAUGUGCAGGGGAAAUGCAGAAAAAAAGGAUAGAGAAGAGUCGGAGAAAGUUUUGAAAGCUUUAGGUUUUACAUUCGUAAGCAACAACGAAAAGAAAGAAUCAACUAAAAAGGCAGUUGAUGAACUCAUAGAGAAAGGAAGAAGCAAAUGGAAUGAAAUGUUUGAAAUAGACGAUGAUACUUGGAAAUGA